AUGGCCGAAACCGGCGGCUGGAACACGAUUGAAUCAGACGAGGGAGUAUUCACAGCCCUGAUCGAAAACCUCGGCGUCAAAGAUGUCCAAUUCGAAGAACUCAUCUCACUAGAUGCAGACACGAUCCGAUCUCUAAGUCCCGUAUACGGCGUCAUCUUCCUAUUCAAAUGGCUCCGAUCACACCAGAGUAGCACGAGCUCGGACGCGCCCGCAGAUGGGACAUACGACGCUGGAGCCUCCGAAGCGGGGGUAUUUUUCGCGGCGCAGACGAUCCAGAACGCAUGCGGGACGCAGGCGAUUCUCUCAGUUCUUUUGAACCAGGACGGGGCGGAUAAGGAAGGGGUUGACAUUGGUGCCGAACUGCGCUCAUUCAAGGAAUUCACGGCGGGAUUCCCAGCUGAGCUGCGUGGUGAGGCACUUUCGAAUUCAGAGACGGUUCGGACGGCGCAUAACGCGUUUGCGAAAGCGAGUCCGUUUGUGGAUGAGACGACCCGGAGUGCGCACGACAAUGACGACGGGGACGUCUACCAUUUUAUAGCGUAUACGCCUGUCAACGGGAAGUUGUAUGAGUUGGAUGGGUUGCAGCCUUAUCCGAUUAGUCAUGGGCAGUGUGACACGGAGGAGUUCCCUGAGAAGGUGAUUGAAGUGUUGCAGAGACGGAUUGCGCGGUUUCCCGAGGGUGAGACAAGGUUUAAUUUAAUGGCGGUGGUGAAGGAUUUGAGGGUCAGGGCGAAGGAGAUGGGAGAUGCGGAGCUGUUGGAGCGCGAGGAGAGGAAACGUAAGGCUUGGGCUUGGGAGAAUACCUUGCGUCGGUCGAAUUUUGUCGGCUUCAUUGGGGAGAUGUUGAAGGGGGUGGUAGGUACGAAGGAUAGAGAGGGUAAGUUCAAGGAGUGGGUGGAUACUGCGCAGACGGAGACGCAACGGAAGUUGAUGAGACGUUCUUGA